AUGGGUGAUGUUGAGAAGGGCAAGAAGAUUUUUGUUCAGAAGUGUGCCCAGUGCCAUACUGUGGAAAAGGGAGGCAAGCACAAGACUGGGCCAAAUCUCCAUUGUCUGUUUGGGCAAAAGACUGGUCAGGCUGUCGGAUUCUCUUACACAGAUGCCAACAAGAACAAAGGCAUCACCUGGGGAGAGGAGACGCUGAUGGAGUAUUUGGAGAAUCCCAAGAAGUACAUCCCUGGAACAAAAAUGAUCUUCGCUGGCAUUAAGGAGAAGGGAGAAAGGGCAGACUUGAUAGCUUAUCUCAAAAAAGCUACUAAUGAGUAA